UAGAGUUUACCCGCCGGAAAGCAGCCAGUGAAGUCGUCCCUCGAGAGCCGAUUCAUCAUGCUGCUGCACACCAUAUUGCUGGCUCAAGUCCUUCUGGCCAUCUGCCAUGCCGGCUUGGCCGAGAAAAUGAUGCGUCCAAAGUUUAAAGACAUCAAAAUAUGGAGCGACGAAAAGUAUGUCAGCCACAAGGUAACCUAUGACAGCGCCGACCCCCAUCUGAACUUCUCGAUGGAGGUGCACCAGGAGCUGCACGACGUGGAUAUCCACCUGGAGGUGCGCAUCGCCAACAAGCAGGACUCGCUCUACAGCACCGCCCUGAACACCACGCUCAACGUGUGCCGUAUCCUGGGCUUCGCCAACAAGUCCCCGGUGGGACGUUUCGUGCACGGCUUCAUACGCGAAUACGGCAACAUCAUUGACAACUGUCCGAUCGCCAAGGGCUCGUACUUCAUCAACAAGUUCUGGUGGCCUGAGGACCCGACCACGGCCAUGCUGCCCGAGCUGGAGUUCGAGAUCAUCUGGCAGGUCAUGCUCCUGGACGCCAGCAAGAAGCGCACCCUGAUUAUGAACGAUCACUAUGGCGGAGAGUUUGUCGUGCAGGACGUCAACAACCUCAAGCCCGGCAUCUUUGCGAUGCUGCCAAAGGUCGCUUAGAAGGACCGAAAAGGAAGCCUCCCUGCCCUAGGAGAAGCCGUUAAACGUCGUCCAGUGUCUCAAUGGUAUUUAGUUAAAUUUAUUCAAUGUCACAUGCAAGCAAAUAAAGUUGCCCAGAGCACAAUUACGUCUAGAUUCGUUGAAUGUGGGAGCGAAGUUGCCCAGAUUGCCCCAGAAUAUUGUAAUUCCCGCAUCCAUCAGUGUCAA